CUCUCUCUCUCUCUCCACGCACACACACACAUACACACACGCUCUCGCUCUACGUGGGAGAAAGUAAAGAAGGGGAGAGGGAAAGAGAGAGAAGGGAGAGAGAGCGUGAUUCCAGGUCUCUCUCUGCGGCUCUCUCCACUUUGGGUACUCGUACCCAAUCUGACUCAAUGGGGCUUUAGCACUAAGGGGUUACACGUUAAAAUAAAAGAUAUUUAUUCACCCCGAACCCCUUUUGUAGGUUUCGUGCACUAACGUAGACAGACAGGUAACUCAUUAAGGAGAGCAGAGGUAGAGACGUGCCUUUUUGUCCGUUGCCUCGCAGAAGGUUCAGUCGGGUCCCUCUCGUCGGCUGACUUUCUGUGAGAGGAUAACUUCCACCAUAUCCUGCAUUUACAGCUCAACCAGGCCGGCAAACCACUGCAGCACUAUGGAUAUUGGAGCUUGUCCCUUACGGAAGAAACGGAGACCAUGGCGCAUGGACUUCUCAUCCUUCGCCUUGGUGACCGUGGCGCUCGCUGUGUGCCAAACGACCGUGGUCCGGGCAGACCCGGUGGACGUGCUGCGGGCUCUGCAGGUCCCCUCGCUCCCUGAGGGCGUGAAGAAAGUCCCCGGCUUCUGCACAUCCCGUCGCUCCGGCAGCCCCGACCAUGCUUACCGCAUCACCAAGAAGGCCCAGAUCUCUGCCCCCACCAAGCAGCUCUUCUCAGGUCGUUUCCCGGAGAACUUCUCCAUCAUGGCUCUGGUUAAGGCCCAGUCUGGUCUCCAGGCCUUCCUUCUCUCCAUCUACAGCGAGCAGGGCAUCCAGCAGCUGGGAAUCGAACUGGGACGCUCGCCUGUUUUCCUGUACGAGGACCAGAACGGCAAACCGGCCCCUGAGGACUACCCACUGUUCAGAGGCGUCAACCUGGCUGAUGGCAAGUGGCAUCGCAUCGCUAUCUCUGUUUCCAAGAAGAACGUGACCCUGCUGCUGGACUGCAAGAAGAAGAUGACCCGCGCUCUGCCCCGAGGCAACCACGCAGAGGUGGACACCAACGGCAUCACAGUGUUUGGAGCCCGUCUGCUCGAUGAGGAGGUUUUCCAGGGAGACAUCCAGCAACUGCUGAUCGCCUCCAACCCGCAGGCUGCCUACGACUUCUGUGAGCACUACAGCCCUGACUGUGACUCCCCUCUGCCCAAGACCCAGGCUCAGGACCCCAACACAUACAAGAAGGCGGUCAAUGGAAAAGCAGCCCCCACUAAAACCACCCCUGUCAAAGCCAAACCCACCCCGAAGCCGGUCAAGACUGGAUCAUUCAAACUUGUGGUUAAGCCACCUAUGCCCGCCAAAGCUCCCAAGUCUGCCACAGCCAAGUCGACCAAAGCAAAGCCCACUGCAGUAGAGAUCCUCUUGUCUAAGAUCAAACCAACCGCACCAGCUAAAUCCAAGCCCACGGCUGCUCCGGCUAAGAACGGCAACGGUAAAGCAGCUGCUGAGAAGAAAGCCAAUGGUGCAGCCAAAGCCAAUGGCAAUGGAAAACCAGCUGUAGCAAAGGCUAAUGGCAAUGGCAAAGCUGUAGCCGCCGAAGCUAAACCUACAGCUCAGGCCAAGGUGAAUGGCAACGGAAAUGGCAAGGUUGUAACAGAGAAGAAAGUCAAUGGUAAUGGAAAACCAUCUGCAGAAAAGAAAGUCAACGGAAAUGGAAAAGUUACUGUUGUGUCAAAGGUCAACGGCAAAGCCACAGCAGAGAAAAAAGCCAAUGGAAAUGGCAAAACCACCAUUGAAGUUAAAGAGGUUAAAGUCCAAGUUAAAAGCAAAGCUGAGAACAAAGUCAACGGCGAAGCGAAGGCUAACGGAAAAGUUAUCACUGUGGUAGAAAAGAAGGUCGUGAGUAACGCUGCUGCAAAUCUGGCAAAAAUUGAAACCACUACAAAGGCAAAGACUGAGAAAGUUGUUAAAGUAGAAAAAAUAGAGAAGACUGUGGUCAGUGCAGCUAAAUCAGCUGCUAAAGUCGAAGCCACCAAAGCACCUAAACCCACAAAAGCAUCUAAACCUGAACCUACAAAAGCGGCAAAGGCUGUGGCGACCAAGGCUCAAGCAGCAAAAACCCAAGUGAAGGCCGAGGUCAAAGAGGUCACCAAAGUUAAAACUGCGGUCACCAAGGUCCCUCUGGUCAAAUCAACCGCAAGCACGAGCAAAGUCGUGAAGAAUGUGGUCGAAAAGGUUUCCAUCCCAAAGAAGGCGGCCACGACACCAACCCCGGUCCGGCCCACUCCCCCCAGACCCACGAAAUCCAAGGUGGUGUUGGACAUCAAUGUCAAAUCCCUGCACAAACCCUUCCCACCCUUCGGCAAGACCGCGCUGAGUGGAACCGUCGUCCAAGCGAAGAAAAUUACCAACGGUUAUCAACAGGAUGUAGACACUGAAUAUACCGAGGCUGGCCACACCGCUACAGAGACUGAUUAUUACUAUGAGGAGAUGGUCCCACAGCCAGAGGGUGAGGUGACUGGACAUGAAGAGACCCCUGUGCAGCCCCAGGUGGAGCCGACGUUGGUGGGAGAGGAGGUGGAUGCCACCAAGGCAGGCGGUGGGGGCGAAGACGUCUUCACUGAGGAGUAUGUGACUGGGGACGUGGGCCUUAAGGAAUACGACUAUUCCUACAGGGACUACAAUGAGCCGUUAAUGGAGACUGGAGAGCUCGAUGCCAACAUGGGCCCCGCCCUGUCCGCUGUGACAGACGAGGGAGGCGCUGCUGUCAGAGGCCAUAAAGGAGAGAAAGGAGAACCCGCUGUCUUGGAGCCUGGUAUGUUGAUUGAAGGACCUCCAGGAUCUGAGGGACCUGCUGGUCCGACCGGCCCCCCCGGCUCCUCUGGACCUCCCGGUUCUCUUGGCGACCCUGGCGAGAGGGGUCUUCCUGGUAAAGCUGGUCUGCCUGGAGCUGACGGAGUCCCUGGACCUCCUGGAACCUCUGUCAUGUUGCCUUUCCGUUUUGGUCAGAGUGGAGGAGAUAAGGGUCCCGCUGUUUCCGCCCAGGAGGCUCAGGCAGCGGCCAUCUUGUCUCAGGCCAGGAUGGCUCUGAAAGGACCAUCUGGACCAAUGGGAUUCACUGGACGCCCCGGACCCCUGGGGAACCCUGGAAGUUCUGGCCUGAAGGGAGAGGGUGGGGACCCUGGUCCUCAGGGCCCCAGGGGACCCCAUGGUUUGAUGGGUCCUCCAGGCAAAUCAGGAAGAAGAGGCCGGGCUGGAGCCGAUGGUGCCAGAGGAAUGCCCGGAGAGUCUGGUUCUAAGGGUGACCGUGGCUUCGAUGGUCUUCCUGGUUUGCCCGGUGACAAAGGACACAGGGGUGACACAGGAUCCCUGGGACCCGCAGGACCUCAAGGAGAGGACGGAGAGAGGGGAGACGAUGGAGAGGUCGGACCCAGGGGUCUCCCAGGUGAACCAGGACCUCGUGGUUUGCUCGGACCCAAGGGUCCUCCUGGAAUCUCUGGACCUCCUGGUGUGCGAGGAAACGACGGGCCCUAUGGUCCCAAAGGAAACUUGGGUCCCCAAGGAGAACCAGGACCUCCAGGUCAGCAGGGAACCCCAGGAACUCAGGGAAUGGCAGGACCUCAGGGAGCCCUUGGACCUCCAGGAGAGAAAGGUCCCACAGGAAAACCAGGUCUGCCAGGAAUGCCCGGUGCUGACGGACCUCCUGGUCACCCAGGGAAGGAGGGGCCUGCUGGCACCAAAGGAAAUCAUGGUCCCAACGGUCCUCAGGGUGCUAUCGGCUAUCCUGGCCCUCGUGGCAUCAAGGGAGGACAGGGAAUUCGUGGCCUGAAGGGACACAAGGGAGAGAAGGGAGAAGAUGGUUUCCCUGGAGUUAAAGGAGAUUUUGGCUCCAAGGGAGAGAGGGGAGAGCUCGGAGUACCAGGACCCAGAGGAGAGGACGGUCCAGAGGGGCCGAAGGGUCGUGUCGGACCCCCUGGUGAGAUCGGACCACUCGGACUUGUUGGAGAGAAGGGUAAACUUGGUGUACCUGGACUCCCUGGAUAUCCUGGAAGACAAGGACCUAAGGGAUCCCUCGGAUUCCCAGGUUUCCCUGGUUCAAACGGCGAGAAGGGAACAAGGGGUCUUUCUGGCAAAGCAGGACCAAGAGGACAAAGAGGACCAACGGGCCCCAGAGGGCAGAGAGGACCGAGGGGCGCCACCGGGAAAUCAGGAGCAAAGGGAACCUCAGGAAGCGAUGGCCCAUCAGGUCCUCUCGGAGAGAGGGGAUUGCCCGGGCCCCAGGGAGCCAACGGUUUCCCCGGACCAAAGGGACCUCCUGGACCACCAGGAAAGGAUGGGCUGCCUGGACACCCUGGCCAGAGAGGAGAAGUUGGUUUCCAAGGUAAGAUGGGUCCACCUGGGCCUCCUGGAGUCGUUGGACCUCAGGGUCCAUCAGGAGAGACGGGCCCCUUGGGCGAGCGCGGCCAUCCCGGACCCCCGGGUCCACCUGGAGAGCAGGGACUUUCUGGUCCCUCAGGAAAGGAGGGCACCAAGGGAGAUUCUGGACCCCCAGGAGGCCCCGGAAAAGAUGGGCCCUCAGGACUGAGAGGCUUCCCCGGUGAGAGAGGACUUCCUGGAACCCCUGGAGGUGGAGGACUGAAGGGAAGUGAAGGACCUGCCGGACCUCCUGGACCUGCUGGGUCUCCUGGUGAGAGGGGACAAGCUGGUACUGCUGGACCUGUAGGACCUCCUGGCAGACCAGGCCCUCAGGGGCCACCUGGACCCUCUGGAGAGAAGGGAGUUCCUGGCGAGAAAGGACCUAUUGGAUCGGCAGGUCGUGACGGAGUGCAGGGCCCCGUGGGUCUGCCUGGCCCCGCCGGACCACCUGGAGUACCCGGAGAGGACGGAGACAAGGGUGAGGUUGGAGAGCAUGGUCAGAAGGGCGCCAAGGGAGGAAAGGGAGAACACGGUCCUCCUGGUCCCCCUGGGCCGAUGGGUCCCGUCGGUCAGCCUGGUCCUGCUGGAGCUGAUGGAGAGCUGGGACCCAGGGGCCAGCAGGGGCCUUUUGGAGCCAAAGGUGACGAAGGAUCCAGAGGAUUCCCAGGAGCCCCAGGACCCAUCGGACUGCAGGGAUUGCCGGGACCAUCAGGUGAGAAGGGAGAGACGGGAGACGUUGGACCUCUGGGUCCUCCAGGCCCUCCAGGACCCCGCGGCCCUGCUGGACCCAACGGUGCUGAUGGUCCUCAAGGUCCUCCUGGUGGUUUGGGUAACCCUGGAGCCAUUGGAGAGAAGGGAGAGUCUGGUGAGACUGGACCACCUGGAAUUGGCGGAGAACCUGGAAAGAAGGGUCCUCGUGGAGAGCGCGGAGAGAAGGGAGAGGGCGGACAAUCUGGAACUGCUGGACCUGCUGGAGGACGAGGACGACCUGGAGACGACGGACCCAAAGGAAACCCGGGUCCUGUUGGUUUCCCUGGUGAUCCCGGACCGCCUGGUGAGCUGGGACCCAGAGGUCAAGAUGGCGCCAAGGGAGAGAGAGGAGAAGAUGGCGAAGCUGGAGAAUCUGGCUCCCCUGGACCUCCUGGUGAGAACGGAUCUACCGGCCCCCUAGGAAAGAGGGGUCCUGCUGGAACGAGAGGACCAGAGGGACGUCAGGGAGAGAAGGGAACCAAGGGAGACUCAGGUGCUGUUGGCCCACCAGGAAAAACCGGCCCCGUUGGCCCCCAGGGGCCAGCAGGAAAACCAGGAACAGAAGGUCUCCGAGGACUCCCAGGAUCAGUGGGGGAACAAGGAUCUCCAGGACUUGCUGGACAGAAAGGUCCACCUGGACCCCUGGGACCUCCUGGUUUGCCAGGUCUGCGUGGAGACCCCGGUGCAAAGGGAGAGAAGGGACACCCAGGUCUUAUCGGCCUCAUCGGACCCCCAGGCGAGCAGGGAGAGAAGGGAGACCGAGGUCAUUCCGGGCCUCAGGGAUCCUCCGGAACCAAAGGAGAGACUGGAAUGACCGGAGGCUCCGGACCCCUCGGCCCUGCUGGUCCUCCUGGUCUGCCUGGUCCUCAAGGUAUCAAGGGAGCUAAGGGUUCUUCUGGAGGAGCUGGUCCAAAGGGAGAAAAGGGUGUACAGGGACCUCCUGGAUCUCCUGGCCCACCAGGCGAGGUCAUUCAGCCCCUGCCCAUCCAGAGGAGUCCCAAGUCCAAGCGCUCCAUCGACGCCAGCCAGCUGCUCCCCGAGUCCGACCCCGACAUGCCUGCGUCUGACGCCGCUGGCACUGAGUUCCUGAUGGGCAGUGAAGGCAUGGAGGAGAUCUUCGGCUCGCUCAACUCACUUCGCCAGGAGAUCGAGACCAUGCGUUUCCCUCUCGGCACCCAGGACAGCCCUGCCCGCACCUGCCAGGACCUGCACCUCAGCCAGCCAGACCUCAAAGACGGAGAGUACUGGAUCGACCCCAACCAGGGCUGCUCCAGAGACUCCUUCAAGGUCUUCUGUAAUUUCACCAACGGAGCAGAGACGUGUCUGUAUCCCAGCAAGACCAUCAACACGGUGAAGAUGAGCUCCUGGGACAAGGAGACUCCAGGAUCCUGGUACAGUCAGUUCUCCACUGGUACUAAGUUCUCCUACGUGGACUCUAACGGCGAGCGGGUGGGUGUGGUCCAGCUGGGCUUCCUGCGUCUCCUGAGUGUCCAGGCCCACCAGAACGUCACGUACCACUGCCACCGCUCCGUGGCCUGGGCCGACCAGAGCGCCAAUAACAACUACGACCGGGCGCUGCACCUGAAGGGCGCCAACGAGGAGGAGCUGAGCUACGAGACCAACCCUUACAUCAAAGCCUUGAUCGACGGCUGUUCUUAUCGUAAGGGCUUUGACAGGACAGUCCUGGAGAUCAACACACCACAGGUGGAGCAUCUCCCUCUGCUGGACAUCAAGGUGUCAGACUUUGGGGAGAGCAACCAGCAGUUUGGAUUUGAAGUGGGACCUGUUUGUUUCCAAGGCUAAAAACACACAUACACACACACAAACACACCAUGCAGACGUACACAUACAUGCACUUAGAGACACAGUUAUAUAUAAAAACACACACGCCCAGUAAUUUGUAAAUUAACUUGUAAAUGAUAUGAAACACACACAGACACACACACACACACACACACACAGAUGCUGUUGUGAGACACACUCACGUACGUGCCUGGGGAAAGCAACAUCCUCCCAACAAAUAAUGGACGUCAAAAUAAAAAGUAAAGAGGAGAGAAAUAAAAUAAAAAACUUGUGAAGAGGAGACCAUCGCACACGUCGGCGAGAAAGGAAGAAAAACCCGGAGAGAGUAAAACAGUGUUUUCUUUCCCAGCAGCGAGGGGGGCCGGCAUGAGGCCUGUCGGCAACUUGUCUCCGAUCGCCCUCUCACUCGUCUCUCCUUCCCGCUUCUCUCUCUCUUUUUUUUUUCGCCCCCCCACUCCCCUCACCUGCUCUACCUCCCCCCUCCUCCUCCUCCCCCCCGCCACAAAAAGGGUCACGUUUAGACAUCAUUUUGAUUUUUGUACAAACACAUCCACACUGCGAGCAGCGUGUUUGACGGUCGCUCUCUUCGUGUCGUGGUUCCUGGUUUUGUCGUUUAUUCUGUUCAUAAUGAGAAUUGAACGUUUUUUCAAAAUCAACUUCUUUGCAUUUGCAAACCGGAACCUUCUGCUCGUGAACCAAGACUCAGAUCUGAAACCCUCUGACGGGACAAGGGCGGCCGGUGCCACCUCUAACGUCUCCGGUCGUCUCGUCCUGCAGUGACCUGUCAAUCACGUUGCUCACAUUGUGACUCUCAGCUUUUACGCUCUCACGACAAAAUGAACCAAAGAAUUAACGCCACCAGUUUCCACCCAGAGUAAAAAGAGGGAACCAGCAGCUUCUGUUUUUGUUUAAACUGCCACCGAGUGAAUCUGUUGCUGUUUUCUACUCAGUUUGAUUGGAAAUGUGAUUCACAGCUCAAACUGAUGAUUAGAGUGAAGAGGAAUCUUUCUGGUGUGAUGCAGUGAGGUCAACGUGAGGACGCAGGAUUUGUUCUUUAAUUAACUGGACCCUCUGUCCUCGGCCCUGAGAGCAGCAGAAACUGAAUUUGUUUACAAUCCGUGUUCAGAUGUGUCGAUACCUAAAGAGCAGUGAAUUUUAAAGCCAUCGUUUUGAUAAACUUGACGCUGUUGUACUUGCCUGUUAGUGUUGUCUUCUUAAAAGGGCUGAUUCUUCACCGUCUGGACACUUUGAUGAUUGUUUUCCAUCCAGAAGACAUUUUCUCACUUUUGCAGCACAGAACAUCAUCAGGGUUUAAACAUGUCACCGGGAUUUGAACGUUCCCUCCUUCUCUCUUUUAUUUACCUGCAGCAGUGAAUAAAAUACAAGCUUUACUGAAAGAAGCUAAUUGUGGCAAGGAGCUAAUUAUACCAAAGUUUGAGUAUUCACUACGAGUCCUCCAUCGUCUUUAGUCUCUUUUAAGAUUUCAUGAAGCUUCUUACUGGGGAAAAUGUGCAUUACAUUCCAUUUGUACAGAAAUAGUGAUAUUCUAUUGUAUUUAUUUAAAACAAACAGGGUGCUUUGAGAUUUAAAAAAGAAACAAGAACCUCCAGAUAUUCCAGUCAAAUCUGGUAUAUUUCAUUUGUAUUUAUUUCCUGUAGCUGACGCUUGAAGGUCAAGUGACGCGUACAUGUCGAACUCACUGCCAGCCUGAGUUACGGUGCUUCUGUUCUCGCCCUGUCCAAACUCCUUGUGUACAACCAAACAAUCUGUGGCCAUAUUUUAUUGUAAUAUCCCUUUUUUAGUGUUUUCAUCAACUGUACUGUGCUGUUCAAUUUUGCUUCCACUGUAAUGAUUAAAUGGUGACUCUCCA